AGGAUGAAUUUCCUAGGUCUGAAAGAAGAUUGUGAGACCCUUCUCAGCCGUUUCCAGGACACUGACAGCGUGCGGUAUGAGGAAUUUUUGGCAAUAUGGAAAGAGAUGAAAUUCCACACCAUAUUCUUUGGUGGAAUGAGAAAUCUAGAGAGCAACAGAUUUGCCAGAGAAGCGUUCUCUGUGGUCUCCCCCUACUUCCUGCCGCCAUACACAUUCCAGAUACGUGUGGGUGCUCUCUAUGUGAUGUAUGGCCUGUACAACGCCCAGCUCUGUGAGCCUAAGCAAAAGAUAAGAAUAGCACUGAAAGACUGGUCUGAGGUGGAAAAGUUUAAUCAGGAUCUGAUCAGCGCUCAGCAUUUAGAUGCAGUGUACAUCUUCAGACAAAUGCGCCGCAGCAGAGCCUUUUAUUUCACAGCAAUGCCCACAAUGCUGACAUUCAAGCCACAGAGAAGCAUACCCACUGAUGAUGGUAAAGAAGAGUUCAAAGAUGUGAGAGACAGGGUCGCCGAUCUCAUUACAUCUGAAUGUGUAGAGGAAAUGAUAAAUGUUCAUGAGCACUACCAGAAAACGAAAAGUCUGACCAAUGCGGAUAAAUCUGAGCCUGAUAAGAGCUUGAGCUUGAUAAAGGAAGAUUUUACUGAUAACCUGAACUUCUUGGUCUCCCAAUAUCAACACUGGAGACAGGAUACCCGGGCACCAAGGACUAAAAGUGAUGAGGAGAAACAAGGGACUUCUCAGGACUCGGAGGGCUCAGAGAGAGCAAGAGUUUUGGCUGCACUAAAAUCCAAGUCUUAUACUGCGGUGACUCAGGCUGCGAAGUCUAGACGGCACCGACAGGUCCAGCUGGCAUCCUCCGAAUCUGGUUCUGAUUACAAAAGCACAAAAUCAGAGAGAGCAAAAGCCAAACGAAUGAAGCGUAAGGCAGACAAAGCGGCACAAAAGCAAGCUUACCUUUCUUUGACGAAGAAGAGGAGGUCUGUAAAUAUGCCAGCGAUUUCUGAGGAGGAUUCAUCUUCCAGCAAUGAAGAAAUUCCAGUCAAGAAA